CUGUAUUUUUCAAAUUUCAUUUUUCUUAUAAUUAUUUUAGACUUAUUAAUCUUAUUGUUACUAUUGAGAUGGAUUCACAUCAAAGUGGCGUUAAGAAUGUAUUAAAGGAUUGGCCGGAAAAAUACAGAGAUAUUUAUGCUCGUGUUUUGCAUGGUGUUUCCUCUGAGUACCCAGGUGUGGCUUGGUCAAGAUAUGAAGAAUUUACUUAUUUGAUUCCUAGAUUCGACACUCAUAAUGGUCUUAGUCCUGGUCACAACGUUAGAUUCUUAGUGAAGGUUGAUCCUGUUGGUGAUAAAGAUUUUACAGUCAAAUUUUUCAAAGUGAAUUGUGUUUUAUCCGAUGAAUUUCCUCAACGAUGCUUUAGUAAGGAACUCGGAGAAGUUUUUCUCCCACCUCGAGGUUUAAACGCUACUCCAAUUCCAAAUGUGGUAUAUGAGGCAUUCGUCGAUUGCAAACUAUUUAUCCGAAAUGAUGAUGGUUCAAGAGUUAGUGCAGCCACUCAAGUUGAAAUUCGUCCUGAAUUGGUCAAACUUAUCCGUGUUAAACCACUGCAAAGCAAAUUGUACAGUGAGCAUGUCGACAUUCUUCGAAUUUGUCCAUGGAAUACAAAAAAAGUUGAGAGUGGAGAAAUUAAACCGCAACUUAUUUAUUGGGACUAUGGAGAAGAAGGAAUUGUUCAUUUUUAUAAACAAAACCAAAACAAACCUCCUUUUCCGACAAGAGCGCUUUCAAAAGUUCGCCUUUGGUACUUUGAAAACAACCGUGUUAUUCGUGCACGUUGGCCAAGGACUCAAGUCAAAAUUACUUUGGGAAUGGAGAGAAUGAUUUGGGAAAGUAUUUCAGUUGAUAUCCGUUUACGUUAUCCUCCAUUAAAUGAAGGGCAAUUUUUCUUUGAAUUCAUUUCGUGUUAUUAUGUUCAGAAUUAUCGUUUAUCGAAGGAAGGAGAGGCUACACAAAGUCAACUAGAGAAACGGAUUGUUAUUGAUAGCGGAAAUCCAGUAAAUGAGUAUUUUGUCCGAAUUCGCGAGUCACCAUUGUUCAAAAAUUUGUAUAUUUGUGAUCCAUUUGAAAAUAUUUUAAUUGCUGAUCCUAAAUUUAUUUUGCGAAAUGUUUCUUUGGAUGCCCAUAGAGAGAAGGGAUGUCCUGUAUGGGUUAGACUUGAACCAGAACAUGAGCGUUUGGCGCAUUUUUCCAUUUCAGAAUUAAAUAAAAGUAUUGGAGAAUUUUCUGCUUCUGAGAAGAUGAUGAGCUAUCCAAAUAUAUUUGGAAUUGGUCUAAUAGUUGAUUUAGAAACAAAUGCUAUAUUUUCUGAAAAUCACCCGCAAAAGCGUAUUUUUCUCUCCAAUCCAGACAUUUUUAAUAUAAAAAUGGGACACUUCUUCUAUUUUUCUGCUGCUUAUUGGCCACUAAAACAAGUUUAUCUAAUUGGAAAUUAUCAACUUAUUUCAGAAGAACGACGUAAACCAAUUGACACUUAUUAUCUGGGGAACAAGCUUAUUUUCGAGGAUUAUUUUCGUUGUUAUAUUUUCCAAAUGGAUGAUACUCACAUGAGCAGAAAUUUUGGACCAAUUUCUGAUUCAAUGGGUUUGAUUACCAGGAAAACAAAAACCGAAGAAGAAGAUUGGCCCACUGAAGGGCAUGGCUAUGUUUGUUUUAACCCUGAUUGGCAAGCCGGACGUUCAUCUCAAUUUAUUCUUUAUUCAUUGGAAUUAGACAGAACAGCGAAAUGUGUUACUAGUUCUUAUAUACAACAGAAAGAAUUAAAAUGGUGGCAACAUCAACAUAAAGAUGCCCAUGAACUUUGUCGAUGUGAUGAAAUUUGGCAUUUGCUUUAUUCGAUUAAACAAAAAUCAGAAGAAUUUUUUGAUGAAGAAAAAAGAGAAAAUUUAAAAAAUACAUUGAAAGUGUAUCAAAAUGAAACUUGUCUCAACUAAAAGAUUGACUUUGGGAUUAUUGGUGGAUUUUUUUUCUUGCUUUUUUGUUGACUUACUCUGUGAGACUUCAUUUGUUUAGAUUAUGUUAAUCAUUAUUUUUUAUAUUCAAUCGAAUUUUUGUUUUGUAUUUCCCUUCAAUUUUGCACCACUCACAACACAUUUUGACUUGUUAAUUGUUGUGAAUUUUAACAAA